GUGGGGUCGGCUCCGGAGCCGUUGCAGUUGAGCCGGCUCCGAAAUUGUCUGAAGCCGGUCGGAGCCGGCUCCGGCUUUGGAGUCGUUUUGCACCAUCACUAGUUUCAAAUUCUCUUGUUUUGAGUAGGAAUGUGUCCCAAAACUGUCAGUGUGUGUGUCUGUUGUUUUGAUCGUGCUUCUUUCUUUCUGUUCCGUCAACUCCGCAGACGGCGAAGAGUGAAAGUUUAGCAGGCCUUGUUUUUGCCAGCGAAAUUGUAUUUAUUCACUGGUUUUAAUUUUAAAUUGGUCCAUUGCCUGGUUCUUCUCAAAUUUUAUUACUUUACAAAUACAUUCAUCGUGUUAAAGUUGAACAAAACAAGCACCGAAAACUCCCUUUCUGCAGUGUUCCAUUUUGUGCGUGGGUUACACUGAGUCAUUUCCAGUAGGUUUUCUUGCUUCAAAGACAAAGUCCAUCGCAAUGGCCAAAGUGAUCACGCAGGAAACGUUCGACGAUGUGGUGAAGGAAAACAUUGUCGAGUUUUCCAUGUCGAUCGAGGAGGCGAGAGAGGAAACGAUCAAGCAGUUCGAGGCCCAAGGCAUCCAUCUGGGCAACAUCAUAAAGGAUCUGAACGUGAACUCCAGCACGGGCGUGCCGUUGCUGAACGAAAGUGUGGACGAAUUGAAGCGGUUGGCCGAAACGAACGAUGCUGAUACGGAGAAGAUUUGUCAGCACUUGGCUGUGAUUGUUGAGGAGUGCAAACAGAGCGUUCCCCAUCGGGUGCUGGCAGCAAAACUGGGUGCUUACGAACACAUCGUAAAACGACUGAACAGUGAGGAAAAACUGGAUGAGGAGGUUUUGCUGAAGCUACUCACUGCGGCCAAUGCGAUUAUCAACAAGCAGCCCGACGUGUUCUGCCACGAAUCGUUGGCCGUCGCUUUGAAGCACUUAAAGACCGCCCCCGACGCGAAGGUUGCCUGUGAGCUGUUGAAGUGGCUGCAAAAGGCGUGCAUCCUGCACGAAAUGAACCGGCAGACGAUAAUGGAGGAAAAUCUUACCAUUCCGACGCUCAAGCCGUUUCUGGGGCGCAACGAGCCGGAAGUGAUUCGCAAUACCUGCGCACUGUUCCGGUACCUGAUACUGGAUGAUGACAUCCGAGUGGAGUUUGGCAAGGCGCACGAACAUGCCCGCCAGCUGGCUGCGGAGGCGUUGACUGAAAUCACCCAACUGCUUACUAAGUUCAAAUCCGAUCCGGACACGCUCAGCGACCUGAUGCUGACGAUCGCCUCCCUGACGGUGCGCAACGAGCUCUGCCAGACGGUCGAGGAAGCCGGCGGGCUUAAGUUCAUCCUGGACGCGAUGGUUGAGUUCCCCGAGUCGAUGAAAAUUAUUCGCGAAGCGUGCAAGCUUCUGAAAGCGCUGGCCGGCAACGAUACGGUCAAGCAGCACAUCGUGCAGUGUGGUGCGGCGCCGCUGCUCGAGUCCGCCCUGAACCGCCACAAGGACAAUGAAACGUUCGCGCGGCACGCGUUGGCGUGCAUUUCGACGCUGGCGCUGCGCGAUCCGGCCAAUAGCAGGGCGCUGUUCGAGACGGGCAUCUCGGAGACGAUCAUUCAGACGAUGAAAAUUCAUCCCACGAGCAAGAUCAUCCAGCGGAAUGGGGCGUGGGCCGUGCGGAACAUGGUUUCGCGAUCGCGCGACCAGUGCGACACGUUCGUGGCGCAGGGGAUUGAGGAUGUGCUGAAUCAGGCGCUGACGGAUCAUCCGAGCAUUGCGCACGACGUAAAGUCGGCUCUGAGGGAUCUCGGUUGCAAGGUGCACCUGAACGAGGAGUGGAAAGCAACGUCCGAGAUUCAGAUCAAGAACGACUAAUGGGAUGGCAAUUUUGUUCGACAUCAUGUUUCAUCACUCAACAUAUACACACACGUACUAUGUACUCAUGUAAUAUCGCAAUCUAAUCAUCCGCACCGCCCGCACAGACAAAGCUUGUACUGCCGCCAAUCAAAAGGUUAACGUUUUCUGUUUUUGAGAGUGUUGCACACACACAUACAUUUCGUACUAAAAAUUAUUUAUAAAAUUUAACCUCUCUCAUAACAACGCAUUAUAUACUUGUAUACUAAAACAAA